ACCGCCUCUCUUUGAUGUUGAGCAGUGGGUUCUUAUUUAAAAAAAAAAAAGAGUGAGUGAGAGAGGGGGAGAGAGAGGGAGAGAGAGAGAGAGAGAGAGAGGAGAAGACAGUGCUAGGAGCAGAUGACUUUUCAUCUCCACUUCACCUUGCCACUGGGUCUGUGAGAGAUUGGUUCAUUGUCAAGGAGAUUUUUUUUUUUUACCCAUGAUUCCAUAUGGUAUGGACCGGGCUACAUGUUGCCCAACAUGCCAGUGCAAAUGUUUUCUCAAUUAGGUGUCUUAUCUCCCGUGAGUUAGCAUCAGAUGAAGCUUGCUGACAGCAUAAUGGCAGGGAAAACCUCCGACGGCUCCAUCAAAUGGCAGCUCUGCUACGACAUCUCGGCCAGAACUUGGUGGAUGGAUGAAUUUCAUCCCUUCAUCGAAGCACUUCUGCCUCACGUCCGAGCGUUUGCGUACACGUGGUUCAACCUGCAAGCCCGAAAAAGAAAAUACUUCAAAAAACAUGAAAAACGCAUGUCAAAAGAGGAAGAGAGAGCCGUGAAGGACGAACUGCUAAGUGAAAAACCCGAGGUAAAGCAAAAAUGGGCAUCCAGACUUCUGGCAAAGCUCCGGAAAGAUAUCAGGCCUGAAUUUCGGGAGGAUUUUGUUCUCACAGUCACAGGAAAAAAGCCUCCGUGUUGCGUUCUUUCCAAUCCAGACCAGAAGGGCAAGAUGAGAAGAAUUGACUGCCUUCGCCAGGCAGAUAAGGUCUGGAGGUUGGACCUUGUUAUGGUGAUUUUAUUUAAAGGUAUUCCGCUCGAAAGUACUGAUGGCGAGCGCCUUGUAAAGUCCCCACAGUGCUCUAACCCCGGGCUGUGCGUACAGCCCCACCAUAUAGGAGUUUCUGUUAAGGAACUCGAUUUAUAUUUGGCAUACUUUGUGCACGCAGCAGAUUCAAGUCAAUCUGAAAGUCCCAGCCAGCCAAGUGAAGCUGAUAUUAAGGACCAGCCAGAAAAUGGACAUUUGGGCUUCCAGGACAGUUUUGUCACAUCAGGUGUUUUCAGUGUGACUGAGCUAGUAAGAGUCUCACAAACACCAAUAGCUGCAGGAACAGGCCCUAAUUUCUCCCUCUCAGAUUUGGAAAGUUCUUCAUACUACAGCAUGAGCCCAGGAGCGAUGAGGAGGUCUUUACCUAGCACAUCCUCUACCAGCUCCACAAAACGUCUCAAGUCUGUGGAGGAUGAGAUGGACAGCCCUGGUGAGGAGCCGUUCUACACAAGCCAAGGGCGCUCUCCGGGCAGCGGCAGCCAAUCCAGCGGAUGGCAUGAAGUGGAGCCAGGAAGAGGAAACUCACUGGUCAAACCCUUGGACACCAGAAUAGUUGCAUGCAGUUUCCCAGGGAGCCAGAUAGCUCUAAAGCUUCCCAGAUAUCUAAGAAACCCCGAACACCGCGGAGCACUUCAUGGAAUGCCAUCGCCAACUACAUUAAAGAAGUCAGAGAAGUCUGGUUUCAGCAGUCCCUCGCCUUCGCAGACCUCCUCCCUUGGAACGGCUUUCACACAGCACCAUCGACCUGUCAUUACAGGACCCAGAGCAAGUCCACAUGCAACACCAUCGACUCUUCAUUUUCCAACAUCACCCAUUAUUCAACAGCCUGGGCCAUACUUCUCACACCCAGCAAUCCGCUAUCAUCCUCAGGAGACUCUGAAAGAGUUUGUCCAACUUGUCUGCCCCGACGCUGGUCAGCAGGCUGGACAGGUGGGGUUCCUAAAUCCCAAUGGUAGCAGCCAAGGCAAGGUGCACAAUCCAUUCCUUCCUACCCCAAUGUUGCCACCACCACCUCCGCCACCAAUGGCUAGGCCUGUGCCUCUGCCAGUGCCAGACACAAAACCUCCAACCACAUCAACAGAAGGAGGGGCCACCUCUCCCACUUCUCCAACCUACUCGACACCCAGCACCUCCCCCGCAAACCGAUUCGUCAGUGUUGGACCACGGGAUCCAAGCUUUGUAAAUAUCCCUCAACAGACUCAGUCCUGGUACCUGGGAUAAAAGUCUCCGCUUCCCACCACGCACCGGACAGACCACCAGACCCCUUCCCACCUCUGUAACACGGAAGCAGCAGCAACGCAGCGCAGCGACUUCACAUCGGCGGAAGGGGAGGCGAGCAGACACCGACAGCAAACUCGUACAUGGAAAUGGCAAACGUUAUGGUUGAAUGGCAAAGGCCGUAACUUUCUCUCGAGAUUUGAUUUUAAUUUUUUUUUUUUAAUUUUUUUUUUUUUUUUUUUUUUUUUUUUUUUUUUUUUUUUAGACAACUUUAGGACUGUUGUAAUUUCUCAUAUGGUGCUGGAAAUGGUUGGGCUUCAUAACUUUUGAAGUGUCUCAUUGGUAGUGUAAGCGUUAGGUGACACUGAGUAGAACUAGCCUCUGCUGCUGCUUACCAACUCGCUGUUGUAACACACUUUCCAUAUGGAGCCUAGCUGUUUUACAGUAUCCUCAUCGGAUUUUCCCAUACAGGUGUGAGACUUCUUGAGAAAUCAUGAAACACACUUAAAACUAUAACUUUUGUAGUAGCUGAAUUCUGCAAUAUAUAACUUACCGGACAGACAUAGAGCAUGUUUUUUUUCUGUAACAUAUCGGGGAAAAAAAAAAAAAUGCAGGUUUCUUUUUUUUUUUUUUUGGUUGUUGUUGUUGUUGUUGGGGUUUUUUUUUCUUUUUUUUUUUUUACAGUCGGCACUUAGAGACGUAACAUGAACCAUAAGAGCAUUGUCAACAAUUUUUUUCCACUCGAUUGCAGAGCGAUUUAAAACAUCAAAAACUACUACUAUUCACUAAAAAAAAAAAAAAAGAAAAAAAAGAAAAAAAGUUUGAAAUGCUGCACUUACAUUUAAAAAAAAACAUUUUUCAACAAUUUUCAACAAUUACACAAAAAUUCACACAGAAAUGGGGAAGUUGGUCUGUUUUGACAGAAACUGACAGGAAUCAAUCAAAACAAUCGAAUUUUGAAUUGAGUAAAGUGCAAUUUCAUUGGAUAGCUAAAUAUCUUUGUAAGAUAGAGAUUGUUGAAAAUUCUAUUUUUGUUUUCCAAGUCCUUCCACCCCAGGACUCUAAAUUAUUGGGGUAAAAAACAGCCUUGCAAGAAAAAGGGGAGCUAUUUUUGCUUUUUAUGUUUUUUAUUGUUGAACUUGUAUCCCUUUAAAACUGAAGGAAAAUUAAAAAAAAAAAAAACAAAUCUAAUGGUGCUUUUACCACAAUAUGUUAACUACAUUAAAUGCUAAUUAAUCAUUUUCUGUUAUCAAAGCACAUAACUAAAAUGAAAUCAUAAUAUCUGUUAAUUUUAUAAGCUAAAAGUCACUAUAAUGGAUUAUGCCAAUUCUGACAAAUUUUACGUGUUUCCGGCAAUAUAGGGUUUAUCAGUUCUCAAACACCUUGGGAAUAAGAGAGAACGGUCCAGAAAGUAAAACACCUUCGUGUCCCUGAACUGGUACAUUUUCUGGACUGUGAAGAAAUCAUUACAGAAACGAACGAUGCUGAUCUUACAACUUAUGCCAGUUCAAAGCAAGGGCACUUGCUGAAGAAGAAAAAAAAAAAAAAACAGACAAAUAAGUAGAAAAAGAAAAAAAAAAAAAAAAAAAAAAAAGAAGUUUGGACCCCAAACGUCCUGUAUCUUAUGUACAAAAAAAAGGAAAAAAAAAGAAAAAAAAAAAGAGUGCAAGUGAUUUUUUCUAUCAGACAGCGGAGCACCCCUUUGCUUCACAUGCAACUUUAAGAAGGUUUCCUAUACUAUACAUAUAUAUACGUUCUGGUUGGCGAGUCCAGCUAAUCAGAGAAAGUCUCUGCAUGUUCUAGUGUUAGUAACUAAUUUUUAUAUAGUUAAUGUAGGGUAAAGUAGAGUGCAUUAAGACACAAUAUUGUAAUCCCUAUUCCAGGCACUUGCCUUUAAACUAUGUUUGUUCGACCCUUCAGAAGGGUUUCUACUACUGUCCUAUACAAUCAAGUAACUGAAAUUCUUGGGAAGACACUUUGCUCCUCAUCUUUUCCCUGAAACGAUGUUUUGUUUUGUUUUCUUAAUUUGCACGAAACAAAAAAAAAAAAAAAUUCCAUAUCAAUGUGCCUUGCCCUGGAUAGCGAUUAUUUGUGGAAUUGUUGCACAUGUUCCUAUAUUGAAAGGGGUUUUUCCCUAGUCAAGCAUUUGGAGACACUUUUUGUAAAUGUGACUUUUAUGUCAGCCAUUGUCAGUUCCAACAUCUAGAAUUAAAUAGGAUGUUAGUUGUUCCGCAGAUAGGAGUAGUGUUUAUUGUCCUGUAUGGUCAGUGGCAGUGCUAUUCUGAGAUCUGUAGAUGCUAGAUUAUCAGUAUUUUUGGAUGUUGCUGCAUUUUACCUUUUAUUUGGAGUCUUCCUUUUUUUGUUUUGUUUUCUCCCAGAUAUAUGAAAAUAUGCAAUACCUGCUUAUAUCAUGUAGAAAAGCUUAGCAAUUAUUAAUUUUUCUUUUAAUUUUUUUUUAUUUGACCAAAGUUGGUGCUGCACUUGACGCAGUGUGUUUUAGGUGUUUGUCUUUGUACUUUUGUGAUUUUUGAAUGCACAUGCAGGAAGGGCUCUUCUUAGAGAAGCAGUCAAACUGUGAAGCACUAAGCUGAACCCUGCUUCAAGCAAUUUUUGUUUUACAACUGUUCCUUUCACAAGCAAGCCUUAAAAAAAAAAAAAACUUCCUUUUUCUUCAGAUCCCACACCCAUUUUUAUUAGCAGACUGCAAUCAAUCCACAUUCAAUAAAAGUAUAUAAUGCCCAUUUUUAUAUGCACGUUUUUAAACUUCCAAGUUCUGAAAAUUGUUUACUGGUUAUUCUCUAUUUAAGGAAAAAAUAAAAUGUUUUGGAUUUUCAUAUGUGUCUGAUAAGUGGUUGAGUAGUCAUUUUGCUCUAUUGUAUUGUGUGAUUGUUAGUAUAUGGUAUCACAUCCUCUAGCCAGCAUCCUUUGCCUUCCCUAUAGCACUUAGCUGGGCAUUACUUUAUUAAGACAUAUGUGCACUAAAAAAAAAAAAAAUAGCAGCUUUCAGUGCUUCACAGUGAAGGGAAAAAAGCCUAGACAAACAUUUUGUCAGAACCUUGCUAUGAGACAAGGUAUUACCAGUAAAUUGGUUGUAUAUACAAUAAAAUUGCACCCUUUUUUAAACAAAACAAACUAAGCAAUAGUUUGGGCAGUUAGUUGUUUUUAGUGAGCAUGUUGUAGUCAUGGCUGCAAAGAGAGAGAAUUAAACUGCCCACUCAGAAGAUAUGUAAUUUGUAUGUUGUAUAGUUUUAUUGAUUACACUGAUUUAUUCUACCCUAUUUUAUAAUGCAGGACUUUUGUAAUGUUGUUUAAAUGAGGAAAAAUUUCUGUCAAAUUAGCUUAGUGGAAUUUCUGAUUGUUCGUUAUAAAGGCAGCGUUCAUAGAAUUGCUUUUUUUUUUUUUUUUCCUUUGGGAACUGGAUUUAAGUUAAAAACUUUCCCGUUUCCUUUUUUUGUAUGUAUUUAAAUACAGUUAUUUUUCUUCUCUCAAUGGUAUAGCAUAUUCCUAUGCUUGAGAAGUAUAGGCUACUGAAGAACCAUUGUAAAUGGACAUUACAGGUAUGCUGUAUUUUUGAAGGUAUUUUUGUCAUAUUAAGUUUGAUGACGCUAAAGUUAGGGAACUCUGAGCAGAAUUGCGAGAAAAAAAAAUGUUUUAAAGGCUUUAAAACAUUAGGUAGGAGGUCAAGGGUGUUAACCAACAGGGGUUGUAAAGUAUUACACACUAAAUUCAGUUUGCGUUCACCUUCCUCUCACGCAGGAAACGCGGCACUUCCGUUCUGUGCAGGUGUAGAGAACAAACAGUGUUUUAGUCCUCCUUUAGAGGAGCGGGGAGGCGAGCAGGGAUGGGCAGGAGGGAUGGAGCAUCCAUCCACCCACCCACCCAGCCAGCCAGCCAUCCAUCCAUCCCUGGAUGGUCCUGGUGUGCGGGCAGCAGCAGAGCCCCGGCCUCGCACCGGGCGCUCCUUUGGCGUCACCCAACAACUUUUUUUACCUCCCCGUCUCCUUCUCUCCAGAACCGUCAGACGCACAAAUUCUCUGGCCUGUACCCACCCCCGCCCAUCCAAAUUUAAAGCCCUAGGGAUGGCUUAGCGAAAAUUGACUUUUCCCAAGUUAAUUCCUUUCUUUUUUCCCCUCCUUUUUGUUUGUUUGGUUUUUUUUUUAAUUUCUUUUGAGCGAGGGCACUUGCUUUUCUCAUGCCGCACACCCCAGCAAUGCCAUUAUUAUUUAUUCUUCUUCCUUUAUAAUAAAAAAUUUUCGGGCUUCGAGUUUAGGCAGCCAUGGUACACUUUGUCUCUGUUGCUUGUUCCCCCUCCCCUUAAGGUUGAAGGGGAAAAGAAACACCAAGUUUUCUCAACUCCACAGUAUUCAGUCAGCCCACAGGAAUAUGCAAAAUCCCUCUAACAUUUUUUUUUUCUUUCUCUAGUUCUCUUUGUUCCGUAUAUUUGCAGCUUUGUAGUAACAGUGUUAUAAAAUAUUUACUGUACAAAAAUACAAAAAAACCCAGAUACAUAGCCUAAAACAGUUUUUUUUUCCUUGUGGUGAAUUUUUUUUUUUUUUUUAAGAAUGUCAGUUAAUAUUGUACUUUGCAUUGUGUCUCUGGAAAUAUCUUUUUUUUUUUUCUUUUUUUUUAUUGGUAGAAGGCCUCCAUCGAACAAAAUUAAAACCAUAACCGGCAUGACAAUGUAAGGAGAGCUUCAAUGGCACCUAAACAAUAAAUAAAUAACAAAAUCAACCUCAUGAGGUCUGUCAGAGGCAGGUCUUGUGAAGUUAACACUGCCUGCUAGGCAGGAUUUUCAUUAAAUCAAGCUUACAAUGCCAAUUUUGUCUUGAAGUCAAUGCAUGUAUUACUGUUUGACAGUAAACCCAGCUAUGCCAUCAUCAAGUCCAAGGCUGCGCAAUAGUCUAAUUAGUAUCGAGUACAUUUUCCUUUUAUUUUUUCCAAUAAAAAAGCAGUGGGAUGAAAAUUGCUUUGAUAUAUAGCAGGUAACAUUGAAGCUAUUCCAUAGCACUUAACUGUAGUGAAUACUGUGUCACCAAUUCUGAAAUCAAUUUAAUGUUUAAUGCAAAUCCAUUACAUGGUGCUAUUACAGGCUGGCAAAAUGAUUUACAAAAAUGUGACAACUUGGGCUCAAUUCACUCUGCUUUCCAACAAUGUAAAUGCAUAGCAGUGUUUAUCUGCAUGAAAACUAUGCACUAAUCUAUCUGAAAAAAAAAAAAGAAAAGAAUAUAUCAACUUUGGUAUCUACUUUCCGUUUACUUCGAUCCUUGCCUUUUCGGUCAUUGUUAUAAUGCCAGCUUUAGGACAGAAAGAAUUAUAAGAAAACCAGCAUAAUACCUGAUAUAUUAAAAUGUAGUGCCUGUGAAAUCUGUAUUAUAUUGCUCUUCUGAAGUAAGAUUUUUCUACACCGGUAGCCUUCGCUGUCUGUCAGAACCUUCUGAUAUAGGUGAUGUAAAAUAACCGUACAAUAUUAAUGCAUGCUAUUCCAUAAUGCUUAGUAGCUGUAUGAAUAUUACUCAAAGUUAUGUUAGUCUUUUUUUCUGACUUGGUUCUUGUCAGAUAGGUUUAAAGAUAUUUCACUGAGAACGCAAAUUCUGUCUUUAUUGAUUUGGGGUGUUUUCAGUAUUUUGGAGGUAUACAUUUACUUAAAUUCAGUAUUACUUGUGUUUUGGGUUUUUUUUCUUUUUUUUCUUUUUUUUUCCUUUUCUUUUUUUUUUUUUUUUUUUUCCUAGAGGGCAGGACAUGGUGUUUGAGACCAGAAAUCCGUGCCUGGUAAGAUUUUAGUCUCGAAAAGCUACCCUAAGAAUUCAGAGAGCUUGCUCUGAAGAACAGUUCAAAUUGAAGGGACAGUCCUUUAAACCCACAAACGAGACCGAGCUCAUGUUGCGAGAGAUUUCUUAAUGGGCAGCGGUGAACCAGGUACCCAUGCUUGACCCUUCUUCACACCAGACUUCCUCAUAUAGAAAGAAAAAAACCCUUUAAAAAAAAAAAAAAGAAAAAAAGAAAAAAAAAAACCUCAUGUGGUUGUUUAGUUUCAUGCACAGUUGCAAUAUUUUUCUUCAAACAAACUCUGUACAAACUUUGGGCCCGAUUCAUAAAAGCUCCUUUGCUAUUAACACGGGAGGCUGGUGGGCUUUUCUCCUCCAAAUUGAGGGUGGGCUUAGCCCUGGCGAGCUCUGCUGGCCCUGCUCUCCCUCCCCUUCCCCUCUCCGCCUCCCCCAGCCCCGCAGAGACCAGGAAUCGGUGGGAAGGGGCUGCGGAGGAGGCGAGGCAGCGCAGGACCAUGCUCCGAACCCCAGAGGUGCAGGUUGGCAGGAGGGAAAGGGGGAGGACGGCUCGGGCCAGUGCCGGGGGCUCGGGACACGGCGACUCGAUCACAAAAGAGAUCCUGUCCGCACCAGAACAAAACGCGCUCGAUCGCUACCUCUGAGCUCUAGAGAAACCCUCCAUCGGGGCGAGCGCUCGCCCGCAAUGUGAACUUUUGUACUUUGGACGCCUUUUUUUAGGGAAGACUAUUUUCCACUUAGUUAAUCUUCUAUGCUCGAGCAUGAACAAAAACAAUUGUGUUGGGUGAAAUCCCCCCCCUUUUAUCUGCAUCCACAAAUUAAUAUGAGGGGCAAAACAAAAAGAAGAUGAGUUUCUAGACGGAGCAUGGUAGGGCGAGAGCGCCCGGAUCGGCAUCCACCACCGAUGCCGCUCAUCCUUGUUGCCGGCGCCCCGUGCCCGGCUGCAGCCGCUGCCUUGGGGACAGGGCCACGAAAUUCUUGGGAAACAUAAUCAAGGAGAAAUCUCCAUUUUGGCUGGCUGUGCGGGUUCUCCUGAACUCUGCCCCAGCCCAGCCCAGUCCCUCAGCGGCGGGUUGAGAUUUGAGGCGCUAAAAUUUCUACCGGCCGUGUGAAAGAUCUGCUGCAAAUUCACUUGACACCCGUGUUAAUACCAUGUCGUGUUCAUUUUUUUUAUGAGUCAGGCCCCUCGUGCCUCUAGUAUACUUGUAUUGACUCUCAUAGUUACCAUUUUAGUUUUACUGUGUUCUGUGAAAAAAAUUGUAAUUGGUUGAGAAUCACUGUGGGCAUCCAUUCUUAUUCAACUAAGUCUCCGCAGGUUUUUUGAGCUGGUGUGGAUUAGUUUAACUCUUGUAUUCAACCAUUAGUGCUACCACCUUCUCACAUUACAAUACAAUUACUGGAAGCAAGUACUGCAUUUCCUAUGCAACAAAAAAGGAAAAUAAAAAAUUGCUAAUGCUAA